AUAUACAAACGAAACCUUGAAGACGUCAAGUUCCAAAUCGCACAGGAAGACGAUGAUUUUGAUAAUGCGGAACUAACUCCUGAAGAUAAUAAUGAUAAGAAUAUCUCUGAAGGGUCCAAGGCAAAGAGUACAGUAACUUCAAUUCCGGGCCCAGGAGGCGUUGAGAUGCUGGCGUUAGCUGGCAAGAGCGAUUUAGUUAAGGGGGUAUAUGAAGGAGGUCUUAAGACAUGGGAAUGUGCUUUGGAUCUAGUAGCCUAUUUAGCAGAACAGAAGGAAAACUACGAUGGAAAGAAAGUGCUUGAGCUUGGUUGUGGUUCAGCAUUGCCAGGAAUCUAUGUAUUGACUCAAUCAAAAACCGUCACUGUGGAUUUUCAGGAUUAUAAUGAUCAAGUUCUCAAGCUCGUCACGCUCCCAAAUGUCCUCUUGAACACAUACACUCGCCCUGACCAGCAACCAAACCAGGAAGAGGAGAAUGAUAAUGGCGAUAGUGAACAAAAGAAAUGUAAGGAGAAAAAGGAUACGGCCGAAGGCAACGAAGGUAGCGAUGAUGAGGAGGAGGAGGAUGACGAAGACGAGGUCCCUGAAGCAGAUCCUGCAGAUGGUGACUUUGAUGCCGUGGAGUUAGAUUUACCUUACACAGAAGAAGGAAAACUAGAACUGGUCAAGAAGGUUGAACAGCAAAGUAGAUUCUAUAUGGGUGAUUGGUCUGGUUUGGUAGAUCUUUUGGCUUUCGACAAAGACGGAGAUAAGUAUGAUCUGAUCCUGACAAGCGAAACCAUUUACGCAGAAGAUUCUCAUCAUAAACUAUACUCCACUAUCAAGAAUUCUCUCAAACGUGGAGGCAGAGCGUAA